AUGGAUGCCACGAAAAACAUCGGCAGGGAACACGCGAAGUGGUCCCCUGUUGAGACAACUGGUUACAGGAUGCUUCCGGAAAUGAAUUUGAAAACUCGCAUUGUUGGUGCAACUGCGAAAAGACUUGUGAACGUAUGUCCGGCGAAGGUGUUUGAUAUUGAAGACGACGUUGCGGUUGUGGCACGACCACGGGAUUGUACUGUCUGCCGCGAGUGCAUUAGAGAACCGGAAUGGGAGGAAAGAGUUGAACUCACACGAAAGCGUGACCGUUUUAUCUUUUCUGUGGAAAGCACUGGGGCCAUGCCUGCACCUACUCUUGUCACAGAAGCACUGUCUGUACUUACCGGCAAGUGUGAUUUGGUGCUUGCAGCACUGGACGCAGCCCUUAAACAUCGGACGACUCACGAUAACGGUGUCGAUGAGGAAAAUCCGGACGUAGAAAUGGACGAAAGUGAGGGAUCCUGAUGACAUUACCUUGGUAUGCCCUGAGGGCGUAUCUAGUUUGUACUUCGACUUGAUUAUAGGUGCUGCGAGCCACUCUUCGCUCAAAGCGAGUGUUGUCCGCUGGAUAGGUGUACGUCCAUGUAAAGUUAUGUGUUUCGCCUU